AAUAGUUGUACUGUAGGUUAUGAAUACAUGGCGGAUUGUUGAUGUUUAUUUUUGUUUAAAAAAUUAGUUAAUACCUUGUUAUACAGUAAGUACAACAAUGUUUGUACACGGUUCUUCGUUAAAACCUGUAGCUGAUUGUAUAAAUAUUUACGUGCUGUUUAGUUCCGUUUAAUAUUGAAUAGGUAUGCAUGUAAAUUCUUUUUCAUGGAAUAUUUUCCAACGAGUUUUAUGAUGCACAUUUCAAAGAUCAGAAUUCUUUCUUCGCGGCUGAAUGCCCACAAAUUGCCCUGUAACGCAAAGCUCUAUCACAUCGAACAGAAACCGUUUAAGCAAAACGUUCAAAAUGACGAGGUAGAUCCGAAGGUUCUGGCUUUACGAGAGAAACUGUUGUACUGCGAUCACUUGGAUCUCGAAUACGUUAAAACGGGAUUUAAAAGACGCAAACAGAUGCAAUUGCAGUUUUUAGCGCGUGAAAAAGCAGCAAGGACUAAGACAUCGUUCGAGGACCCCGUUUCAAGCGUAAUUUUAGAUAGAGAGAAAAAAUCAAGUUACGGAGAAUCUGACCACGGCGAGAGGUUGGAAACAGACAAUAAAAACUCUUCUAAUUUCUAUAUGCCAUAUACCAGAACAAGUUCUUACGAAACCAUCGAUUUGUCAAAUGAAAGUAUAAAAGAAGAAACAUCGGAUCGGUUAAACAUAAAGUACAAGAAGUUAUAUGAAAAAUAUUUGGAAGCAAAGAACUCUGGCAUCGAAUAUGAAUCAAAAUUUGAUGACAUCGUAAAGGGCGAACACGACCAUUCGUUACCAAAGGGAGAACUUUGGAAAGUACCAUCCACAUGGAUGACCGAUUUCGAACAGUUCAACGACACUGUGGCAGACGACGAAGCAUUCCGAAGUUACGGAACUCCGGAUCCGUCGUCCGCUGUAAGUUCCGUUCCUUGCGGCGGAUGCGGAGCGUUACUGCAUUGCAAAGAUCCGUCGAUUCCCGGUUACUUGCCGUCCGAAUUGUUCUCGCGCGGCGACCAAGAAGAUUUGAAACGUACGGUUUGUCAGAGGUGCCAUUUCUUGAAAGCUUACAAUGCCGCUUUGCACGUAAAGGUAUCGGCGGACGAUUAUCCGAAGCUGUUGAAGGUCAUAAAAAAGACAAAAUGUGCGAUGGUUUUGAUCGUCGAUUUGACGGACUUCCCUUGCAGUAUAUGGCCCGAUUUGAAAAGCGUCAUGCAUCCUUUCACGCCCGUAAUACUGGUCGGGAAUAAAGUCGAUUUACUUCCGAGGGACUGCCCUCGAUUUCUGGACAACUUGAAGGACCAGCUUUUAAACAGCUUUCUCGAAGUGACCGGUAUAUCACGGAAGAACGUGAUGCACUAUACCCUCGCGUCCGCGAAGACCGGCUUUGGCAUAGAGUCGCUCAUAAACAAAUUGCAGCGCCUGUGGCGGAAUCGAGGAGACGUGUAUUUGGUUGGUUGUACAAACGUUGGAAAAAGUACAAUGUUCAAUGCGCUGAUCAACUCGGAUUACUGUAAAAGUCAGGCUGUGGAUCUGCUGCAACGCGCCACGAUAUCACCUUGGCCAGGGACGACGUUGAAUCUACUGAAAUUUCCUAUUCUGAACGCACAGCCCGAGAAAGUCGCGUUGCGAACGCAAAGACUGAUACAAGAACAAGUUUAUAAAGUGGCCGAGACAGAAUAUAGAGUGUCGAAGUUUCGGGAGACAAGGAACAUACGUUACACCAUGUUGGAAGGUGGAGAUUUAUUUAGAUUCGAUCGGCUACGCGGACUUUUCGAUUAUUAAUCUGUACAGUUUUUCCGUAGAGCGCGUAGGUAGAACCUUCCGAAAGGAACCGCUGGAAGAACGCGAUCCAUUCUCGGAGAAAUCGUACAAGUUUAUGCAAAGGAAG